AAGAGUUUAGCUCAGUAACGGCGAUGGUUUGGUUGUCAGUUGUAGUUUUCGACCGAACCUGGCAACCCGCAGGUCUGGACGCAGCGCUGAAAAACUUGUUGUUGUCUGGGAAAAUGGCGUCAAACGUAGAGGCCCCGGAGCGCUGGUACCUCGCCCUUCUCGGCUUUGCGGAACAUUUCCGAACCUCCAGUCCACCCAAAAUACGGCUAUGCGUGCACUGUUUACAGGCCGUAUUUCAGUUUAAGCCCCCGCAGAGGAUUGAGGCUCGGACACAUCUUCAGCUGGGCUCGGUUCUCUACCACCAUACCAAGAACAGCGAUCUGGCCCGCAGCCACCUGGAGAAAGCGUGGUACAUAUCUCAACAAGUUCCUCAGUUUGAAGAUGUUAAAUUUGAAGCAGCCAGCAUUUUGUCAGAACUCUUCUGCCAACAGAAUUUGGUGGACUCAGCAAAACCCCUACUGCGCAAAGCCAUCCAGAUUUCGCAACAAACCCCAUACUGGCACUGCAGACUAUUGUUCCAGCUGGCGCAACUCCACACGCUGGAGAAAGACUUGGUGUCGGCAUGUGACCUCCUGGGUGUGGGAGCAGAGUACGCCCGGGUGGUGGGCUCCGAGUAUACCAGGGCUUUGUUUCUUCUUAGUAAAGGAAUGUUGCUGCUAAUGGAGAGGAAACUUGGUGAGGUGCACCCUCUGCUCACACUGUGUGGAACUAUCGUGGAAAACUGGCAGGGGAACCCCAUCCAGAAGGAGUCUCUGAGGGUCUUCUUCCUGGUGCUGCAGGUCACACACUACCUGGACGCUGGACAGGUGAAGAGCGUAAAGCCGUGUCUGAAGCAGCUGCAGCAGUGCAUCCAGACCAUCUCCACACUCCACGACGACGAGAUCCUGCCCAGCAACCCCGCCGACCUGUUCCACUGGCUGCCCAAGGAGCACAUGUGUGUCCUCGUUUAUUUGGUCACAGUCAUGCACUCCAUGCAAGCGGGAUAUCUGGAGAAAGCCCAGAAGUACACCGACAAAGCUCUUAUGCAGCUGGAGAAGCUAAAAAUGUUGGACUGCAGCCCCAUCCUCUCUACCUUCCAAGUUAUUCUACUGGAGCACAUCAUCAUGUGCCGACUGGUCACAGGCCACAAGGCCACUGCAUUACAGGAGAUCUCGCAGGUUUGUCAGCUGUGCCAACAGUCUCCCAGGUUAUUCACCAACCACGCUGCUCAGCUCCACACACUACUAGGUCUGUACUGUAUCUCAGUGAACUGUAUGGAUAACGCAGAAGCACAGUUUACCACAGCCUUGAGGCUGACCACACACCAGGAGCUGUGGACGUACAUUGUGACCAACUUGGCAAGCGUGUACAUAAGGGAAGGAAACCGACACCAGGAGCUAUACAGCCUCCUGGAAAGAAUAAACCCCGACCAUAACUUCCCCGUUAGCUCCCACUGCCUGCGUGCAGCAGCCUUCUACAUCAGAGGACUCCUGUCCUUUUUUCAGGGACGCUACAACGAGGCAAAACGUUUCCUCAGGGAAACUCUGAAGAUGUCCAAUGCCGAGGAUCUCAACAGGCUGACCGCCUGCUCCCUGGUUCUGCUGGGCCACAUUUUCUACGUAUUGGGCAACCACAGAGAAAGCAACAACAUGGUGGUACCUGCCAUGCAGUUGGCCAGCAAAAUCCCAGAUAUGUCUGUCCAGCUCUGGUCUUCAGCACUGUUGAAAGACCUGAACAAGGCCCUUGGAAACAACAUAGACGCCCACGAAGCGGCGCAGAUGCACCAGAACUUCUCCCAGCAGCUGCUGCAGGACCACAUCGCCGCCUGCAGCCUCCCCGAGCAUAACCUCAUCAGUUGGACGGACGGCCCCCCUCCCGUUCAAAUCCAGGCCCAGAAUGGUCCCACCACCAGCCUUGCGAGCCUGCUAUGAGGAACCUGGUGGCGCAUGUGAUUGUAGCUGGUAAAAUGUCCCAAGCAGCUAUUUGAUGCCUAACAGCCUGCUUUCCAGACCACUGUAGCUUAAAAGGAGUUUAACAGGAGACACAUUGGACCUUCACUUUAUUUGCUUCUCAACAUUUGUUCCUGGUGGUCUACUAUUAAUGUUUUUGUUUUUUUGAAGUUGUAAAACAGUUACAGCUGCUGUUGUACAUGUAUUUCAUGCUCAGAUGGCAUUGACACCUGCAGGGUACAAGAACACGGACGGACUGAUCAGAGGACUGAAGGACACAUGGCAAUGUACAAAAGGGCUUCAUCGCCCAGUUAUAGGAACCCUUCUCUACGUUUGCCAGGUUUUUUUUUUUCCACGUUAUUUGGAAAACAACGGGUUAGAUGGGGGAGUAAAGAAAUGUAGAAUAAAUUAAUUUAUUCAUGUUACUAUUUUUGUAACUUUUGGUAUAUAUUUUACUUCAUGCCUUUUUCUUUUGUAUGAAUGUUUUUUUGCUUUCCCAUGGAAGUUACUGAAGUGGACUCCUGUACAAUAGUUUUUGACUUAGGUUGCUAACAAUAAAAUCUUUAUUGAUGAUUCUUUUUGCACAAAAUCCAUUGUAGGAAUGAUAGAAGCAUCAUUUAAGUUAUGUUCAGAUAAGAGCAAUUGGAAAAAUGUCAUUUUACAAAUCAACGAUGCACGUUGUUUUGUAAGGGUUCACCAUCCACGAUGUCCACAGAAACGUUGAACAUAUGAAUACAUGUGGAAUUCAUAUCUUUUGACUUAUACCCUGUAAAGAGGAGAAAAAACUAAAGAAAAAAACUUCACAGAUACUUUUUUUGAAAAAUUUCCAUAAAAGACUCAUUUCUAUUGGCUACUAGUUUUUUUGGUUUGUUUUGUUUAUUCGUUUUUUUUUUUUUAAUCAUGAUUAGACUUUUGGAGCUUUCUUCAGAUAUUACAAAAAUAUUUUAUUUUCUGAAAUUUUAAUUUGUCUUGAUAGUUUCACUAAAGGCUCUCUUCACAGUAUGUUUGUAUAGAUUUGCCACUUGUUGAACCUUUAUUGUACAGUGACAUUUUAUAAAUUCAAUUUAGUAAAGUGUGAUAUGUAUUAUUUUAGCUAUCCUAUGUAGGUAUCCCAAUGCUUGGUAUUUAAAGCACUGUAAGGGCACAGUUUAAGCUUGAGUACUAGCCAUAUUUUAUCCAAUGCCUAUGUUUUUAAUUCUUGCAUUGUUUUCAAUAAUUUUCCAAUAAAAGAAUGAUUGAAAUUGA